UCUCAUUCUAACCCACACACUGGGUGGGUCGCCCUCCGUGCCUUUGCGCCAGACCAACGAUUUCAGUUUCCUGGUUUCCAUUGCUACUUCCUUUUCCACCCAAGAUAUCCCUCACUGCAACGCAGUAAUCGUCAACGUUUAAUCUCUCUCCGAUCAAUUCGUAUUUUGAUUUAUCAAACAGGUGGAAGCCAUGGCGGCCGCCUCAAUUCUUUUCUUACAAGAACCAAGCCUUAAUUGGAAAAACCAAAUAUAUCAAUCUCCUCAAUUCCCGGCUCACACUUCCUUUGCUCAUUUCAAGAUUCGUAGAAGUUUCGAAAAGCUCAGCGUGAAAUGCUUCUUUACCAACGACGCCGGCGGCAGCAGCAGGCAUGGUUUGUCUGCCAGUCAAGCUGUUAACAAUCUUGGUUCUGUCAGAAUAGAAAAUAGGAAAAACCCAGUUGAGAUUAUCUCCAAAAGCAUACUAAACGCCCUCAAUGCAUUGCGAAAACCUUUGGCAGCUGCCGUGCUUGUCGGGCUUCUAUUGAUGUACGAUCCGUGUUCUGCAUUGGCUGCUUCUGGGGGACGGAUGGGUGGAAAUUCAUUCUCUUCGCGGUCGUCAAUGUCGAGGGAUUACAGCGUGCCGAGGUCGGGGGCAGGAUCUGCUUUCUCCUAUUCCGUGCCGUAUUAUGCACCUUCUCCUUUUGGUGGGGUUUAUGUUGGCCCUGCUGUGGGUGUUGGGUCUAGUUUUUUCCUUAUUUUGACUGCCUUUGCUGCAUUUAUUUUGGUUUCGGGCUUCUUGUCUGAGGGUUCGGAAAGCAGUGUGCUCACGGCAACUGAGAGAACAAGUGUGCUCAAGCUGCAGGUGGGACUGUUGGGCCUGGGGAGAUCACUCCAAAAGGAUCUCAACCGGAUUGCCGAAACAGCAGAUACAUCCACCUCAGAGGGUCUACACUACGUAUUGACAGAGACGGUACUAGCUUUGCUUCGACAUCCCGAUUAUUGCAUCUCCGCCUAUUCAUCAGUUGAUGUAAAGAAAAGCAUGGAAGAAGGGGAAAAAAGAUUUAAUCAACUCUCUAUUGAAGAACGUGGAAAGUUUGAUGAAGAGACACUUGUUAAUGUCAACAGCAUAAAAAAGCAAAGCUUAACGGUCCCAAGAGCAAGUGGAUUUAGCAAUGAGUACAUAGUGAUCACGAUUUUGGUGGCUGCUGGAGGAGCACACAAGCUACCUUCUAUCAAUAACAGCAAGGACUUGAAAGAAGCUCUCCAAAAGCUUGCAUCCAUCCCAUCAAGUAGAAUUAUGGCAGUUGAGGUGCUAUGGACGCCUCAAAACGAAGAUGACACACUAUCAGAACGAGAGCUGCUAGAAGAUUACUCCUUAUUACGGCCUCUGUGAGAGAACAAAAGUUUCCUGCACAUCUUCCCUUUCAACGGAGAGAGGGUUUGUAUCAAACUACUCACUGUCCAGUGCUUAUUUGUAGAGUUAUGGAGUCCUCAAUACAGAAAAGAAUUGAGCUUGAGCAAGAUGUAGAGCAUGCAAUGCCCUUAUUGGCUUCCAAAAAGCAAAACGUGUGUAUAUAUAUACCAGUCAUUCAAAAAUAAAUAAAUAAUUAAGUCACUUAAGACUUAUCAUGCAA